GGCCCAUGGAUAUGCAUCUUUUGCUGAAGCAUACAUGCAGUUUAGACGUGCAUGGUAUUUUGCCUGUAUGGGAGUUAGUUAUGCUCUAGAUAUGGGACAUGCAUGGUAAAUCAAUAUCUAAACCUCUGCACGUGAUGCAUAUCUCGAGUGGUUUCCAUCCAUCUAGAGGAACACUUCCGUGUCACAGCUGGGAGGGGUUCUCUCAGCUCACUUGCUCUCGUUGGUUUUGUCCGGCCUAGCCUUUCGCCUCGCCUCAUCCCCCCCCUCGCGCCCCAAUUUGUCAUUCUCUCUUCGGGAUCCGUUUCUUCCACUAACACGAAAACCUCAGUUCUCCUCAGUGACCAUUUCGGGCCAAAACACAGACUCCUAGUUGUGACAUUUUCCGUACUAGGUCUAGAUGUAUCACGUCAGCUCGUAACGGCCGGAGCUGGUCCCGUUAUGGGGAGACGACAAAGAAUACUCCAGCUGCUAAUUCUACUCCUCCUAAGCUUCACCGCGUCAUGUAGUUCCGUAAUUUUCAACGACGAUAAAUACCCGACUCUCGGAGUUAACGUAUGCACCGCGCCGCGGCUGGUUAAAUGCAGUCCAGCGUGCAACGCCACGUCGGGAACGGAAGGCCACUACGUGGUGCCGUUCCCUCGGUGUACAGCGGCGAACUCUAUAAAGAGUACGACGAACGUGUAUUGCGGCGGAAACGCCAUCAGUCGAAUACAGUGCUGCAAGCUGUGCGGGAAUAGGACGACGUGCAACUUCUGGCAGCACCAUAUCCCGCCGAAUCCCGCGUGCCUCGGGUGCGGCGCGUGCUACAUUUACCCCGCAGCCGCGCCCCCCCCCACGUGCGCCACCACCAACAUCUCGUACAACGGCAUCGUGCGACUAAACGCUAACGCCUCCACGCUCGGCAAGCCAUGCGCGGAAGGCAAGGACGACCCGCACUUCCGCGGCGGCCACGGCACGCGCUUCGAGUUCAACGGUCUGCCUGACCGGACCUUCUGUCUCCUAACGGACCGCAACCUCCACGUGAACAUGCGCAUGCGCGGGUACUACGACACGCGCACCGUGGGCGCGUCGAUUCUUAAGAACGGGCUCGCGAUUCGCACGUGGAUUCGCGAGCUCGGGAUCAUGUGGGUGGACGCGAAGACGCGGCGGAGCCACUCGUUCCGCCUGCUGGCGCGCGACGGGAAGGAGACGGCGCGCGGGAAGGGGUAUUUGAAGGAGAUCGAGUACGGCGGAAGGAUGCUACCGCUGCUGAAGCUGGGCGGGCGGUACGCGCUGGACGGCGGGCUGCGCUUUUCCUUCGACGCGUACGAGUCGCAGGGCGGCGGCCACUUCGACGUGGACGCGUACCACCUCGAGAUUGCCGAUCUCCUCGACCUCGAUAUAAAGCUCCGCGUCGCGCACCCGUUGCUGCAAACCCCCGACGACGCCGAGGCGCACAUUAAUGUCCAGUUUCUGCAGGUCCUCGGCACUCCCGAGGUGCACGGGAUCGUCGGGCAGACGUACCGCGAGGGGCGCGAGAAGCGCACGGUGACGUUCGCGGAGCUGGCGGAACUCACGGGGAGGCCGAUUGCGGCGGACGGGGAGGAGGGGAAGGGGUUUCUCGACGGGGAUGUGAUCGACUACACCACGACGGGGGUUUUAACCGCGGAUUGCCCGGCGGCAGUAAAACGAGCAGCGGCGGCAGCAGCAGCAGCAGCGCGGGAAAAGGCGAGAGCCGCUCAGCAACGACCACGACCGGUGGGAAACCCCCAUGCUGCUGCUGCUGCUGCGCGCAACGCAAGAAGCCCUGCCACCACCGUGCAACAGCAGCAACUCCUAGUCUCCCCGGCUGUAGCACACCCUGUAACUGGCAGGGGUCCGGCUACAACCGCCACCAGUGCCACCGCUGCAAAGCCCACCACUUCCCAAGGACCGGUCGCCCAACGGCCUGUCACUCCAGCAGUGCUUGACAAGAGAGCAGGUGUCAUCACUCUAGCGCGCAGCAAUCCCGAUCGGCAUAGUAGUCUGCAGCAACCAGCAAUCCGUCCCACACUCCAGCGUUCUGCAGCAGCAGCGGUAGCAUCUGCCUCUGCCUCUGCCUCUGGUGCUGCUGGCACUCCAUCGAUAGGCAAGCCUGCUGCAACUGCUGCUGUGGUUCUGGCUGCUCCGGUGCUCGCCACGGGUGGUGGUGGUGCUGCCAGUAGAGCGGUGCCUGCUGCUAGAGCGGCGGUUGGUGAGAGGCGCAUGGGAAGUGUGCUGAGAAUAGCUGGGCUGACUGGUAGGCCCCGAGGGAAAGCAGCCGGGUUGAUAGGAGUGGGCGCUGGUUCGGUGGUUGGAUCGCAACCAGGAGGAGUGAGAAGUGCACCAGUGAGGCUGGGAACUGAGAGACCAGCACCAGUGGUAACCGGGGCAGGAGGAGCAGCAACAGGAGGAGCAGCUACAAGAGCAGCCACAGGAGGAGUGGUUACAGGAGCGGCAACAGGAGGAGGAACAGGAGCGGCAAUAGGAGGGGAGACAAGAGCUCCGCCAAAUAAAGCAGGGUCAACCGGAGUCCCUGCAGCUGCAGUGGCAGCAACAGGCAGAGUUAAGGCAGGAGCAGCUGGAAUUGCUUCUUCUGCUGCUGCCGUGAAUAAUGACAACAGCAGGGAGACGGUUAGAGGGGGGGCAGCCAUACUUGGUGGUGGUGAAGAGAGAUUGAAUGCAAUCAGAGUGGGCGCAUAAGGAGGGAUCGUACGUGCAGAGGAUCCUAAGGGCUAAGGGGCUGUGAGCGACCUGUACCACCUCCUUGCAAGUUGCAUCCUUCGCAACCAACGUACCGCUAUGACAGUAGACCUCUUGUGUUCUAUAGAAUGUUCCAUAAUUGUCUUCCCUUCCCUCCUGCCAUUCUUUGUUCAAUAUAUAUUGAACCAUCCA